CAUCGUUCGGUCGCUAUGAUCAUAAACCUGUAUUUAGGAAGUGUUAUUUUAUCAUAUUUGACAUAUUUGAUUAAGUUUAAUGUACCUUAUACUGUGAAGACUGAAUUUCAUAUCAGAAGCGGAAGAUAUGGUAAAGUUCCGCAUUCUAAUCACCACAGUGUUGGCUAAAUCUUGCCUGCUAAACAUGUAAAUUGAUUCAAGCAUGGAAUAGGAGAAUUAAACGGGUUGGCAAGAUCAACAGCUGUUUGCAUCCAAUAAGAAUUGGAUCGGCUUUACCAACGGGAAAGGCAAAAAUAAUCAAUUUUGGAUCAAGAUCAAAAGAGAAAGAACUGAGCAACUGGAACAUGGAAAGACGGGGUGUGGUUUUGUUUGUGAUACAAACAGCUCUUCUGCUGGGACAAUUGGUUGAAGGCAAUGAAGUGAAAACCAAUGCAUUUCUUGAUGUUCAAGAAAAGGUUCUGCCGAACAUUGGCAUAGGGAAAAGAACUAUCAGUACUGACAUAUGUAAUUUCACUUUGAAUCCGAAGAGUCUGAGAUACUUUGACAGUCGAUUGCAGCAGGUUGAACCGAAUUUUGUUCGAUUUCGGUUAGAUUUCUUAAACAACAUGACGUCAAGACUCAAUAUUACCUACGAAGAUAAGCUAUUCAAACCGAGGUUAUGGUUUUGGACUUACGAUACCCCAACAGGCCAUUAUCCGUACGUAACUCUAAACAUUGAUCACGGAAUAUUGAGUUUUGGUUUACUGGACGCGAAAACAUAUGACGUCGAUUAUGUUAUACUCAAUCCAACGCUUAAGGACGGACAAACGUGUUCCAUACAUGUUGGACAGAACGAAAGCAUGAUUCAUUUGAUGAGUGCUUUACGAUAUCUUGUCGUGAAUGUGACAGAUAAUGAAGUAUACAAGUAUGAAACCAACUACUUUUGUAACCUAGUGGAAAACCAGACGAUGAAGGAUACUUGGACGUAUUUUGCAGCACUCUACUUUAACUUCCCAGCACCUCUCAUCAAUUUCGAGUGUUGUGAGAUAUUAUUCUAUUACACAAGGGACACUUUUGUCAACCAAGGUUGCAACAAACAAUUCGAAAAGUGGGACCUUGUUAAUUAUGGACCUUAUAUAUUAGGCGUUCUUCUUUUAUUAUAUUUCCCUAUCUUGUUGUUUGAAAUUUGUGACGCACUAGCCAAAGAAGAGCCUGUUGAAUCGUUUGAUUAUGAUAUGAUAGCGGAACUGGACGUCCCGCUAUCUCCUGGACCGUCUUGGGAAUCAGACUGGGUGUUUCUCGAUGGAAAACCGCCUGUAACCUUUUUUGGUGUGAUAACGAGCUGUUUCCGAGGAGUUAAGCAUCACUACCCUGCGUGUGUUUCCAGACUUCGAAGAUUCAUUGCAGUAUUGUUGAUGCCGUUUGUUAUCUAUAUCAAGAUUUUGAUGUACUCCGAUGGAAUUGGAACAGGCCAUCUGAAGGUCACAGUUUCCGACUUCGCCGAGCGUGGAACUCCCAUGGGUUACUUAGCCCUGCUUGGGAAUACCAAAGAAAACAGAAUGAAAUCCUUUGUGCCCGCUUUUGGCGGUCCAGUCGGGAUGGCAUGUAUUUAUUACAUUUUGGGCAUGGUUCUUCUUGUGUUCCCGCGAAGUUUGAAACAAAUUGUGGAAAAUGGAAUGCCAACCCGCAGCGGUUGGUCGCCUCUUUUUUUCGGCGUGGACGAAAUUCUCCAUAUGGGAAUGGUCAGCACAGAAACUGAGCCGGGAUAUAACAGGGCCGCAGCGAUUUGUAAGGGUCGUUUCUACAUGUUGUUCACCGGAAGAUUUUGGAAAAGAUUAUCUCAUCUUCAGAAAAGGCGAUACCAGAAAAUAAGGCGAUUUUCCAUGUGCAUGUUCGCGUUGUGUCUUCCCGUGCUUACACUUGCUUGCCUCUUGGAGACAAUAGCUUGUUUAGUGUAUUUCGCGAUACCAUUUGUUAGCUUCAGUUUCAUCAUGAUCAAAGGGGCAUCGACAUCAGUAAUGGCACAACGGUUAUACUACCACCGCCUAAACGCUCUUUUACGGAAACCCUUGUUAUGGCCUAUUGGUUCACUGAUUGUGGUUGCCAUAUUUAUCUCGUUCGCGUAUUCAGUAAGCUUAAUAUUUCUCGAAAGUUUCGUCUUCAUGUCGAAGAUAAUAAUUUACUGCUUCGUUGCCGUAGUCAUCAUGCCCUCAGCUUCGUUUGGUUAUUUGUUUUUCUUCGUCGUCCUUCUUUACUACAUUGUGCAUCUCGUAAAAGGCUUCGGUGAUAUAUAUUUGGAACUACUUUCCACUGGAAUCGAGCGUUCCUUAGACCUAGACGCCCAUGUUAAUCACGUGAGUUACCAAGAUGGCCAUCUCAUCAUUUCAAACGUCCGAGCGCCUAACAUUCGGAGCAUCCGUGUCAACAACACGCAUAUUGAUGUUCCACAGAACAGCUUAGAGAAGAUCAAAUCUUCAUCUGACUUGGCUAGACACACACGCCAAAAGAACAGCGUUCAUGGAAUUCCAAAGGAACUAUUUGAGUACUUAGUCAGAAGACACAAACCUGUUCACAUUCAGCUUCUGAAGCUUAUCUUCCAAUUGACCUUCAUAAUAACUCUCGUGGCAUUGACAGUGACUAUCACGUCCAAAUUUAAUUCGAAUUCUUCCGCAGAGGAAGGUCCGGAAGUGAUGCAUGUUCUAUUUAUGGUAACAGUUGGUGCAUUACCGCGCGUGCUCGAGGUUUUGUUGACAGAUGGAAGCGAGGUUGUGAAAAAACAAUUGGAAGAAUCAAGGAUUGAGCAGACGAUAGUUAGGUAUUGGAGAAGUAAGACUGACGUGGAAUUGGAGCUUACUGUUUCAUAGACUUUUUAGCAUACCUGAUAUAUCAUUAACUUCAGAUUCAAUAUAUAUUUCUAGGUCACGCAUGUAAAUUAUAAAACAACUAGGUCAUACAUACAUACAUACAUACAUACAUACAUACAUACAUACAUACAUACAUACAUACAUACGUAUAACAAACAUAAAUUUUGACUGAUAAACCUUAAACUACUUACUAAUAAUGCAUUUAUGGAAAAUAAUAAUUACUGAUAACAGGAUUGUAACCGUGUAUUUAAUAGCAGAAAGCGUAAAAAUAUUAAAUGAUUGGUGAAUGCUUAAAGAUUUACUAUGGUUUACUAUAGUUAUAAGGUAGAAAUACCGUGUUUAAUGCUGAUUUCUUUCAAAUUCAACUCGGUAUCCUUCAUAAGAACCAUUGUUUUCGAUAUUUAUUCACCCUUUUGGGAAUAUUAAAACAAUAUUAUUAGUUGUGGUAAAUCUUAUUUGGGAGUAAUAGUGCAUCAUUAAGAUAAGAGAUGUAUUUUGUUCAAACAUAUGUCAUGUUGUUGCUGUUUUGUUGUUGUUUUUUUGUUAAAUAUAGACUUGAAGAUAAUGUUAUAAUAAAUUUAUGGUAACAAAUACUGUUGCAAAAUAGUUCUUAAAACCUUCCUUUUUUACUUUCUAGAUUGAUUGUGUGGCUUGUUGGAGAUCUGUAUGACAUGAAGCAUAUGUUACAUUUAAAAAAUAUUUUCUUCAUUACAAUAUAUGCCUAUCCGUCAAUCUCAUUAUAUGUACAUAACAUUUUGUUUUUGCAGAUCACUAGUGACUUAUAUACUAAAAUGUUGAAUCGGAUACAGCUGUACUGAGAUGUUAAUGCAGUCUAAAUGUAUCAUGUUUAUAUCAUGUGUAUUAGACAGUUUUAUUUUAUGAACAAUUGUAAUCUGAUAGCUAUUUUCUCUUUA